UGCCACUGCUGAUUAUUAGUGUUGUUAUUUGUUAUUGACUUGUUUUGUUUUUAUUUUACGUGAAUGAUAUUUACUAACGUUAAAAACAAUAUUUUUUCAACAAUAUUUUAAUCAUAACUACAAGUAAUAUUUAUUAAGUUUGCUUAAAGUUAAAUGUUAUAAUUCUAGUACACAAUUCAUUUAUUCUAACAGCUUGCUACUGUGCGUGUUAAAGAAUUUUAUUAAAAUGGACGAAGGUAUUGAUAGCAACGUUGCCGUAUUGGCCAUAUUAGACAAUCAAUCGCUUUUUGUUUUCAUCAACUCUCGACGGUCAAAACUGUUCAAUAAAGCAGCUUCACCUUACAAACCUAACUUGACCAUAGCCACCUACAAUCAUCAACUCAACCAGGAGGAAGUAGAAACAAAUGAGACUAGUAAACAAAAUAUUAUUUGGACAAAAGAUUCUACAUUGAUGCUUUUGAAUUUAUAUGAAACUAAAUUAAAUAUGUUGGAUAAUCCAAAGAAAAAAUCCAAAAUGUGGAUAUCUAUGUCUGAGGAAUUGAAAGCAUUUCAUAUAGAGGUUACACCAGAUCAGGUAAGAUGGAAAAUAAAUGCCCUUACAAAAAAAUAUAAAGACUGUUUAGACAAUGGCCAGGGAGCAGUGGCUUUUAAGUAUUUCAAUGAAAUGCAUCAAAUACUUGGAAGAUAUAAUGAAGAUGGUGCAUACAGACUGGCAUCAGGUAUUAUGCAAGCUGACAAAGAACAUAACAGAAUAAAUAGAAAAUUAUCAUUUAAGAAUACCUCCCCCUAUCGAAAACUAAAAACAGAACAUAGGACAAAAGUGGAACUCGAUAAACAAUGGAUUGAAUAUUUACAAAGACAAGAAGAACAAAGGCAAAUCAGAGAUGAGAGGUAUGAAAGGAGUCUUAGAUUAAGGGAAGAAGAAUUACAACUCAAGAAAAAAGAAUUGGAAAAUAAACAGUCAAUAGCCUUAAAGAAGUUACAAUUAAAAGAAAAGAAACAUGAGGAAAUUCUGAAGAUAGAACAAGAAAAAUGUGCAUUGUUAAGAAAAUUAUUAGAAAACCAAUAAAUUAUUGGAGUGUUA